GCCAAGUCUUUUGGAACCAAAUGAGGCUAUUGAGUGUAUUUUUGACUCUUACUAGAUAUGGAUAACAGAAAGGAUGAAAAGAACAGGACACACUGUGCAAGUUCACAAGAAGAGCUGAAAGUCCGAGGAAAAGAAAAGAGGAAACGAAAGCGCAGCAGAAGCAGGUCGUCAUCUGUUUCAUCCUCAUCAUCUUCUAGCACCACAUCUACUUCCUCCUCCUCCUCACGCUCGUCAUCAAGAUCACCUUCCUCAAGCAGCAGAGAUUCUCCUAAGUCUAAAUCAAAGAAGAAGAAUAAAGAAAAACACAGCAAAAAGAAAAGGAAAAAGGAGAACAAAAUGAAGAAGAAAGAAAAGAAGAAGAAAAAAGAGAAAACAGGACCUGUCCAGCUGUCCAAGUUCUUCAAAAACAAAAAGAAGAAUGAAAACUACAGUAUGAUAACUGGAAAGAAAAUUAAGAUGAGAAUAAAGAAGACUAAGAAGGAUAAAGAGAGAGACCGGAACCGCGCAGAGCUCCUGGAAUUCCUGAACUCUGCCUUGUGAUGGGAAGAGUGCUGACCCAAGGACUUGUAAAUAAACCAACCCAAUGAUCAUCAUGCCUAGCAAAACACUAAAGGGAAACUCAGGGAAAAGGACACCAAGUUUGACAAACCCAGACUCUUCUGCCGAGAAGACAAUCAGGAUGUCCUUAUCAAUUGCAAAACGAAGAGUAACUGAUAACUUGUUGUUAACGAAAACCCAUGUCCUCCUUUUGAGAUCCUAAGGUAACAGCCAGGCUAUGGUGUUCUGGAAGAGCCUAAGAGUAUGGUGUUGACAAUGAUCAGAAAUGACACACUGAAGUCCAGUCAUGCAAUUUCUGUCUGCCCUGCCUGCAGAACACACUCUGAAUUUCAAAUGUCUUACUGUUUCUAGUAGUUCAAGCAAAGUGUUUGUAAAUGUCUGUUUGAGAGAUGAGGCAUUUCUAUAUGGAUUUUUUUCCAGCAGUGGUUUUACUGGUCCUAAAGAGCAAGUUGACCUUUGUAAAUAGAACCUGCUUUUACAUAAAUGGGUUUUUGACAGUUCCUUCACUAAUAUAUUAUUUUUCUUUCAGAGUUUGAGGUAUGUUUGAGAUAGUUUUAUUGCUCUCGCUCACUGGAAAGUGUAAGAAUAAAAUACCCCGGAGCAGUGAUGGCAGCUGAGUGGUUUUUAUCCUAAAAUAGCAGCAGGAAAAGUCUUUGGUUUUGUUUGAACAGCUGACCCAGAUAAACACAGGCAGCUAACAGUUUAUCCCCCCUCCUAUGGACUUGUACUUCUUAGGCCUGAAAACUCUGGAGUUCUGACCUGUCUUUCUGAUCCCAUGAGCUGUGCAUCGAAUCUUCCGCUGUCUGAAGUGCAGCCAGAUGUGUAUUGCAUG